UCAACUGCUGUUCUCUGGCGUAGGCGUGGCGAGAAGCCGGCAAACUCCAAAUGGACCUCGCAGGGGCACAAGCCGUAAUUGAUCAGCAGCACACAGCGUACGAAGAGCUUCAAGAACGUGUAGGAGAAUUAGAGCUUCAAGUUGAGCAAAAGGAAAGCGCCUGUGAAGAACAGCAGCGUCAGAUUAGCAUGCUUCAACAUCAAUUCGACUCCAGCAAUGCGCAGAACCACAGCAUGAAGCAGCGUCUUAAAGAAUAUGAGGAGCAACUUGCACGGCGCGAUGCUGAUGUGCGAGAAAACGCUGGCAAGAUCACGGAACUCCAACAACAGUCCAGCGCAAUGCGAUACGAGUUCGAUCAGAAGGCAAGUUUUGCACGGGUGAUAAUCCGUGACGGUAUUCGACUCAUAAUCCACAGGAGUUCAAGCACCGUCAGGAACUCGAGCUAGCCACCAGCAAGCACUGGCGGUACAAAGCAGUACGCUCAUCUUUUCCUUCGGAUCCGG